AUGUCUCCUUCGAAGGACUUAUCGAACGUUGAACUUCUGGCACCUCAGCCAGAACACUGUCCAGGGCCAGAAUCCGAGCAAGCUGGGAAAGGAGAUGCUUGCGAAGGCUGUCCAAAUCAAAAUGUUUGCUCUUCACAGUUGCCAAAGGGACCAGAUCCUGACUUGCCACUAAUAAAUAAGAGAUUAGAACAGAUAUCACAUAAAAUUUUGGUGUUAUCUGGAAAAGGAGGAGUUGGAAAGUCUACAUUUACUUCGAUGCUUGCAUGGUCACUUGCAGCUGAUGAAGAUAUUGAGGUUGGUGCUAUGGAUUUGGAUAUAUGUGGCCCCUCAUUACCUCGGAUGUUGGGAGCAGAGGGCGAAUCGAUACACCAAUCUAACUCUGGUUGGUCCCCGGUAUAUGUGGCAGAUAAUUUGGGUAUGAUAAGUAUAUCCUUUAUGCUACCAGAUCCUGACUCAGCAGUUAUAUGGAGGGGAGCAAAAAAAAACGGAUUAAUUAAACAAUUUUUAAAGGAUAUAAACUGGGGAGAUCAUUUAGAUUAUUUAAUUGUCGACACUCCUCCAGGAACAUCAGACGAGCAUUUAUCCGUAACCUCUUACAUGAAAGAAGCCGGAAUAGAUGGAGCAUUGAUAGUCACCACGCCACAAGAAGUUGCGUUACUUGACGUCAGGAAAGAAAUCGAUUUUUGUAGGAAGGCAAAUAUUAAGAUUCUUGGCUUGGUGGAAAAUAUGUCAGGUUUUGUUUGUCCCAAUUGCAAAGGUGAGUCUCAGAUUUUCAAGCCUACAACUGGUGGAGGUGAGAAGUUGUGCCUCGACUUAAAUAUUCCAUUUUUGGGUUCUGUGCCGUUAGACCCAAGAAUAGGCAAGUCUUGUGACUCUGGUGAAUGCUUCUUUGAUAAGUAUGCGGACUCACCAGCUUCUACAGCAAUAUUAGAUGUUGUCGAUAGAUUAAGAGACCAGGUAGAAUUACUGAUAUCAAAGUUAAGUAUCUAG